UUCAGCCUCGUGUCUUUCGUGCACUAAACUUCAACUCGGUUAAGUUUGUUUUUGAGAGAAGAAAUAAUGAGUGCUGAUACUAGAAAAGACGAAUAUUUUGUGAGUCGCCGAACAAAACUUAUAGUUUCAUUAGCGACUAAGGAUAAAGAUAAUGUAAUUAUUCCUUUGCAAGCAGGAAGUGAUAGCUGUAAAGAUAAAGACAAGGAUGCGAAUUCUGCUCUGACUACCUCAAAUGACAAUUUUUUGAAUGACAGGGAAUUGAAAACUCCCCAAAAUGAUAGCUGUAAACAUAAAGACAAGAAUGGAAUUUUUUUGGCUCCGACUACCUCAGAUAACAAUAGUUCUGUAAAUGACGAGGAAUUGAAACAUGGACAAUUGGAAUCUAAACAUGGAAUUUGUGAAAUUGCAUCACUUUUCUGUGGUGAAAAUGAUGACCUUUUGGAAGUGAAUCAGCUCGAUAUACAGAGUCUCCCAGUCUCAAUAAUUGAGGAAAUUGAAGAUGGAGUUGAAAUUGUUGAGACUUAUGAUGACAUUCAACAAACCACAUCUCAUGAUAUUUUUGAAAGUAAUGACAAUAUAGUUACUGAUUCUGAUGCCGAAUUACUGCGUGACAUUUCAAACAUUGAUGAAGAGAAUCAAAUACAAAUAAUGGAUACAGAUGAGAAUCAAACACAAAUGGAAACAGAUGACUUAGGAAGAGAAUCACAAGAGCAAGAUAAUAAUGAAGUGGAUGAAACCAGCAAAGUUGGGUCUGGUGGCAGACGAAAGCCCAAAUGCAACAAGAAGAAGAUUGAUAGGAAGUUGUGCAAGGGAAAAGGAAAGGCAUAUACUACUUGUAAAGGUAAAGAUAUUCCUGCUAGAAAAGUGAAGCCCAGUUGUAAAAAUAUGUGUUUGAAGAAAUGUGCAACUAAAAUCAACAUGGAUUCAAGGCAGAAAAUUCACAAUGAUUUCUGGCAACUUGAAAAUGUCCAAAAAAAAGAUUUCAUUUUGAGAUGUGUAAAUAAGAAUAAGAAGGCAAGAGAAACAGUUACUGGAACAAGUAGAAGACAAUUCACUCGAAGCUAUUUCCUACCAUUUAAUGAAGAAUUUAUUGAAGUUUGCAAAAUGUUUUUUAUGAAUACAUUAGAUGUGGGUGCAAAAUUUAUAAGAUACACUGAAGAACAUGCUUCACCGUUGGGUAGUGCAGCUUCUGAUAAACGAGGUCUUUCCACUCCUGCCAAUAAGACAGGUCCACAUUCAUUGAAGGCAGUGAGAAAUUUUAUUGAAAGCCUUCCUGCAGUACCCUCACACUAUUGCCGAAAUAGCUCAAAUAAGAAAUAUCUGCCUCAAGAGUUUGAAAGCUUAGCACAUGUGCACAGACUGUACAUGGAGCACUGCAAAAAUAUUGGUUUGAAAGCAGUAUCAGAAUCUGUUUUCAAAAAGGUAUUCAGAACUGAGUACAAUAUUGGUAUUCAUUCACCUAAAAAAGAUAAGUGCACGGUAUGUGUAAGUUAUAAAUCUUUGCCUUCUCCAAGCACUUCCCAGCAAGAAGCACAACAGAAACACAAACAGGAAGAGGAAGACAUUGGAAAAAGGUACAAGCAAGACCAAGAGAGAAGCAAGCAAAAUGGAGAUUUUAUAACAACAUCAUUUGACAUGGAGAAAGUGCUUAAUACUCCCCAUGGCAAAAGUAUUCUUUUCUUCUAUGCACGGAAAUAUGCUAUGUACAACCUUACAUUCUAUGAGAGUGGAACUCAACAGACAUAUUGUUAUAUGUGGGGUGAGAGUGACGGACACAGAGGCUCAACUGAAAUCUGCACAAUUAUGUGGAAAUACCUUAAUUUAUUGGAUGAGAGGGGAGUGAAGGAAGUUGCCCUGUAUUGUGACAACUGUGCAGGGCAACAGAAAAAUAUAGCCAUGUUUGUGUUAAUAACGGAGUUUAUCAAACAGUCCAAAACAUUGAAAAAAAUUGGAUUGAAUUUCCUUCUUGUUGGACACUCAAUGAUGACUGUUGACUCGGUACAUGGAGUAAUAGAGAGAAACAUAGCCAAAAAAACAGUUUAUGCGCCGAGUGAGUGGCCAACAAUUGUAACAAAUGCACGCAUCAACCCUUUCCCAUACGAAGUUAUUUCAAUGAAACGAAAUGAGUUUAGAGAUUGGAAGGAGUAUUCAACAGGAUUUAAGAUUGAGAAUGAAGAGGGUAGGAAGUUAAUGAUAUCUGCAGUACAACGUGUGUACUGGUCCAAAACAGAUGUGUUGAAUCGUGGGACAAUUGACGUUUACAGAAAAAUACAAAAUGUGGAAAGUGCACGUAUAAUGGUAAAGAAUAUGAACAAGGAGCGAUUUGGCAGUUGCGGUGCUUUAUCUGCGGGAUCAGGAAUGGAGGUAGUUCCAGGUGAUUCUAGCUUGCCCUAUCCUGAUUGCUGUUCUAGAGUUGUUCACAAGCCUUAA